GCUAAUAGUAGCAUAGCUAGCAUAUUCCUUCACUUACUAGCUAACUGUUACACUAAAUGUCGCUAAAAACAACACAGACUUUUACAAAGCUUGUUUAACGUUACUAUUAUGAAGUGUUGCUAGUCUUACCUUCCUCAUAAAUUGGUGAACAAUCAAUGAAUUGCCCAAACUGGAGCUAAAAAUACACACAGAGGCAGCUGCCAGGCUUUGUAACCUGUAGUAGCUUCUAGUUUGGGAACAAUUACAGCAGAAAGAUGGCUGAGGCAGUCGCAAACGUGGCCCGGAGGGUUAAUGAAACCGUCGAGGAUGGGAAAGACACAUUAGAUCUGUCAAACUGCAAGCUCAUUUCCUUCCCAGACGGUGUGUUCAAGGUCCUGAGGAGUGUCUCAGAUAACAUCCGCGUUAUCACUCUGGCUGACAAUGAAUUGAAGACCGUUUCCAGCAAGGUCUUCUCAACCUUCCCUCAGCUGAGAGAAUUGGACCUGCGAGGAAAUGUUCUCACCAAACUGCCUGACGCCGUGGGAGGAAUGGAGCAUUUGACCUGCAUCAAUCUGGCUAAUAACAGCUUCUCCAUCUUCCCUGAUAAGAUUACUGAAAUAGCCUCACUGGAGAGGAUUAACCUGGAGGGAAAUAGCAUCACCGAAAUACCAGUGGAGAAGUUGUCCGACAUGCCGGCACUGAAGUGGCUCAACGUGAAGUCGAACCCUUUGGACUCAAACACUCAGUCCGCUCUGCAAUCUCCUCACAAUUUUGAAACGGAGUCCUAAAAUCUGUUUUAUUUACCCACCUAUGGACUGCAUGCUGUGUGCCUUUUAACUACUUCAUUUGGAUGCUUUUGGGUGCCUAGGAGAUGAGGAAACAUAAUACUUGAAGAUAUUGAACUUUAAGAUAUCACAAUGGGUUUACAAGAAACAAAGAAAACGGAGGUGUGUAAUUAAAGAUGUUGUCUUCUUUAAUUGAGGUUUUCACUCCCGCUGGCCACACCAAGCGGCCUUUACUUUGUCCUCUCUGUAUGAACUACAAAGAGCUGAAGUUGCUGUUUGGAGAUGAAAUCAAUCCAUCUUUAUGAACCUUAUACAUCUUUAUAGACUUUUCAUGACUUAUUUAUUACUUUUGAUAGAAUAAAAAAGUUUUUAUUCAACUAAAUUAUGCACUGAAAACUA